AUCUCCAGAGUAGCUAGUGUACUGGAGUAAAUCCUCAGUGCAGAAGAAGAAGAAGAAGAAGAAGACGGCGAAGAAAAGAGCUUCCUAAAGGAGUCCAAAGUGUAGAAACGGUUUCACAUUUUUUUCUGUGGCAGAAUCAAAACAUCCCGAUCGUUCGAUUUUUUCUGUCUUUCCAAGUGAUUUUUAUCACUUUUGCACAGUUUAGCUCACUUCGGGGAUUAAAUUAACCGUGGCUCCACCUCGAGAAUGUAAAAGCGUUCGUGGCUCCAGCAAAAAAAAAACAGAGGAACCUUCGCCUGUUUCGCACAAAGGAUUGCUGCAGUUCAGCAAGGGGCCAGCAAGUGAAGGGACCACGGAUCAGAAACGCACAGAUUCUUCAUUGAUCUAUCUGGUGGUGUGUGCACGUAGGAAAUGGCCGAAAUUAAAGCCAUGGAACACCCGACACUAAAGGUCCCGUAUGAGAUACUGAACAAGCGCUUCCGUAUUGCUCAGAAAACGCUCGAUCGUGAGCUCAGCCAGAUACAGAACGUGGCGUCCGAGUUGGAGAAGGGCCUGUCGGAAGGUACGGCCAGCUCGGAGAUAUCGCGUCUCCUGGGUGGGGUCGUCGAACGGCUGCAGGUGCUGAAGCGCAAGGCCGAGGAAAGCAUCUCAGAGGAACUGUCCGCCGGAUACGUGUGCAAGCGACGUCUGGAGCACUUGAAGCAAAACUUCAGUCCACCGCUGGAUGCUGCGACGCUGGAGUUGCAGGCCGCCGCGACAAGUCAGUGGAAGAAGAUACGCCUGGAUCGGAUGAUCGUGGAGCACUUUCUGCGGCUGGGAUAUUAUGAUACCGCGGAGCGAUUAGCCGAUCGUAGCGGCAUCCGUGAUCUCACCAACAUCGACAUCUUCCAGGUGACGCGCGAAGUUGAACGGGACCUGGUUAACCGCCGCACUGCCAAGUGCAUUGCCUGGUGUAACGAUAACAAGUCGAAGCUGAAGAAAAUCAACUCGACGAUCGAGUUUCAGCUACGCGUGCAAGAGUUCGUCGAGCUGAUCCGGGAAGACCAUCGGAUGUUAGCGGUGCGCCAUGCGCAAAAGUACUUUCCCGCUUUUGAGCACGAGCAGCUGAAGGAAAUUCGCCAGUACAUGGCGCUGCUGGCGUUCCCGGUGAGCACCGAGGUGGAACCGUAUCGGAAGCUAUUUGAUCCCCAGCGCUGGAACGACCUAGUGCUGCACUUUCGGCUGGAGAACUAUCGUCUCUUUCAGCUACCAUCGCAAUCGGUGCUGAGCGUGGCGGUACAGGCCGGAAUUUCCGCACUCAAGACACCGCAGUGCUACUCGUACACAUCGAAAAAUAUGAACUGCCCCGUGUGCCAGGAGAACGUAAACGAAAUCGCCGAGAAUCUACCCUUCUCACACUGUGCCCAGAGUCGACUGAUUUGCAGAAUAACUGGCAAACCAUUGAACGAACACAAUCUACCAAUGAUGCUGCCAAAUGGGCAGAUCUUUGGCCAGCAGGCGAUCGAACAGAUGCGCCGUGACAAUGAUAUCAUCGUCUGCCCUAAAACCAACGAAUCGUUCCGGGCCCCGAAAAUUGAGAAAGUGUUUGUUAUGUAGUAGCUUUACGUAGACACACUUGUCGGCAAUAUUACCAGCUCUUCUUUUACUACUGA